AUGUGUGAUGAAGCAAGAUGUUUCAGACAAGAGCAGAUGUCGAUUUGUGUACGUUAUACCAAGAAUUUAAAAGUUUAUGAACGAUUUUUAGGUUUUAUUGAUGUGUCCCAGAAUCUAAACGCAGAAGCUUUGGCUACUGCUAUGGUUAGUUUUUUUGAAAUAAAUAAAAUAAAUGUAACUAUUGUAGCCCAAGCAUAUGACGGUGCUAAUGUUAUGUCGGGUAAAUUCAACGGAGUACAACAAAAAAUUAAAUCAAAAUACCCGUAUGCUGUAUAUACUCAUUGCAUGGCACAUCGUAUAAAUCUAAUUGUUCUAGAUAUGUGCAAAUUGGAUACUAGAAUAGUAUUUAAUUGUCUUGAAACAUUGUAUGUUUAUUUUUCACAACCUGCUAAUGAUGCAAAAUUCACCGAGAUUCAAGUAAAAUUAGGUAUUAAAACUUCUCUGACUCGUUUAAGUGAUACACGUUGGAAUUGUCGUGUAAGAAACUGUGUUGCUGUAAAAUUAAACUUUAAAGCUAUAGUUACAUUGUUAAAUGAUGAAAUCAAUUCUUCCGCAAAUAAAGAUGUUGUACAAGCAAUGGUUCCUAAUAGUAAAACAAGUAAACGUCAACGCCAAUCAACAAGUAAUUUAGAAGAUUUCCAUGUUUUUGCAACUACAAGUUCUGAGCAACAAAAUCAAAAUGAGUUUAAUCAAUAUACAGAAAGUUAUUGGAGGACUCAUUAUUAUCAAAUUAUAGACACUUUAAUAAUACAUUUUAAUAAGAGGUUUUCAUCUAAUAGUUUGGAAUUGGAUUUAUUAAAUGUGGAUUUAAAUACCCUUCAAUCUGAAAUGCUUGUGGUAAAAAACUGUGUGUCCCGAAGAAACCCCAAUUUCACUUUGGACGAUAUUAAAUUAAUCAUGGAUGCAGAGCUUUAUCCUAAUUUCUAUAAACUGUUAUCAUUAUAUUUAACAAUACCUAUUAGCUCUGCGACAUGUGAAAGAUCGUUUUCAGCAAUGAGAAAGAUUAAAAAUUGGCUUCGAACAUCUAUGAAUCAUGAUAGAUUUUCAAAUUUGUCAUUAAUUUAUAUAGAAAGAGAUAUAUCAAAUGAAUUAUCCAAUGAAAAAAUAGUGGAUAAAUUUGCAAGUUCUAAUCGAAAGUUCCAAUUAUAA